UGAUGAUAUAGCUAUUAAUCUUUGAUUCUCAUGAAAUUUUAUAAACAUAAAAGAUAUACUAAAAAUAUGUUAUCUAACCGAUAGAUUUUUAAAAUUCACAUCUAAUAAAAAAAUUUAAAAAGUUUCUUUUCAAAAUAAAAUAAUAAAAAUAAUCUUUGGAAAGUUUUGAAAGAUUGGCGUUGAUUGCUCAACAGCCCCGAGAAAAUAUCACAUCAACAGAUGUUCCGGAGUUGCACACUAACGGAGUUAAUAAUACAAUGAUUUUCAUAUGAAAGUACGAGGGAAUUUCACUGUUUUGAAAUUUCCACGGUCUCAAUUGGCAGAAGUGUACUUUUAGCCCCACGGCUUUGAAAUUUUCCUGGUCUCAAACUCUCAAUUGACAAAAAGUACUGAUUCUAAACGAAAUAAUUGUCAAAGCUUGGAAAAUGUAUUAUAUAUAAUAUUAUAGUAUGUAUAUAUAUAUAUAUUGACAGAAAUUAAUAAUUCCAAUCAAACAAAAUCAUUCAUCAAAGCAAUUGCUAAUUGGCGCAUUUGACCCUACCGAUUUGAGCUUCUAAACUCGUACACUUUGGCUAAGCUCCCAUUGGAGCAUUUAGCAAUACAUAAGUAUGUUUUUGAAGCUGCUGGCUUUGUGUUUGUUCGCAUUUCUCAUAUAUGCUCCCAUUGCUGAGGCCAGAAUUCGACGUUACAAAUGGGAGGUAAAGUAUGAGUACAAGUCCCCUGACUGCUAUAAGAAGCUGGUCAUUACAAUCAAUGGCAAAUCUCCAGGACCCACAAUCUUGGCCCAGGAAGGUGAUACAGUCAUUGUUGAGGUCACAAACAAACUAUUAUUAGAAAACCUUGCAAUCCAUUGGCAUGGAAUCAGACAGAUUGGAACACCUUGGAGUGAUGGAACAGAAGGGGUGACUCAAUGUCCAGUAGUACCUGGGGACACCUUCAAAUAUGAGUUCAAGGUUGAUAGGGCUGGAACUUAUCUGUACCACGCACACUAUGGAAUGCAAAGAGAAUCAGGGCUAUAUGGAUCAAUCCGUGUAUCAGUUCGAGAUAAUUUUACAGAACCAUUUGCCUAUGAUUAUGAUCGGAGCAUCAUCCUUACUGAUUGGUACCACAAAAGUACUUAUGAACAAGCCACUGGAUUAUCCUCCAAACCCUUUGUCUGGGUUGGGGAGCCUCAGUCACUUCUGAUUCAAGGAAAAGGAAGAUUCAACUGCUCUAGUUCAUCCCUCAAAGCCGACACUUGUAAUACAUCAAAUCCAGAAUGCUCUCCUUAUGCAAUAACCGUAACCCCAGGAAAAACAUAUAGACUAAGGGUUGCUAGCUUGACUGCUCUAUCAGCCCUUAGUUUUCAAAUAGAGGGUCAUAAUAUGACUGUGGUAGAAGCAGAUGGACACUAUGUAGAGCCAUUUGUAGUGAAAAACCUAUUCAUAUACUCUGGAGAGACAUACUCUGUGCUUAUAAAAGCCGAUCAAGACCCUUCAAGAAAUUAUUGGAUGACAACAAACGUGGUUAGUCGGACUCCGGUCAAUACCUCUGAAGGCUUAGGCUUUCUCAAUUACUAUCCAAACCAUCCAAGGCGAUCUCCUCCGACUGAUGCACCAGCUGGUCCUGUUUGGAAUGACACAGCACCCCGAUUGAAUCAAAGUCUAGCCAUUAAGAGGGCUCACCAUGAUUUCAUUGUGACCCCGCCCACAACCUCAGAUAGAGUCAUUGUGUUCCUAAACACACAAAAUGAGAUUAAUGGAUAUCGCCGCUGGUCAGUUAAUAAUGUCUCCUUCACCCUUCCUCACACUCCUUACCUUAUUGCACUAAAGAAAAAGCUACACCAUGUGUUCAGUCAAACCCCACCACCUGAAGGAUAUGACUUUGUAAACUAUGACAUUUACGUGCAGAACCCAAUUAAUGCUACUACUACAAGCAAUGCCAUUUACCGGCUAGGCUUCAAUACCACGGUUGAUAUUAUACUACAAAAUGCAAACACUAUGCUAGCUAAAAAUAGUGAGACACAUCCAUGGCAUCUCCAUGGGCACGAUUUUUGGGUACUAGGCUAUGGAGAAGGCAAGUUUGACAAGAACGUAGACCCAAAGAAUUACAAUUUGGUGAAUCCAAUCAUGAAGAAUACAGUGCCUCUUCAUCCCUACGGUUGGACUGCUCUUAGGUUCAAGGCUGAUAACCCAGGUGCUUGGCUUUUCCAUUGCCAUAUUGAGUCUCAUUUCUACAUGGGCAUGGGAGUGGUGUUUGAAGAAGGAAUAAACAAGGUAGGGGAAUUGCCUUCAUCUAUUAUGGGCUGUGGUGAGACCAAAGGAUUUGGCAAGCCAUAAUUAAUCAAAAUAAAGAUUAUAAAUACUGAAUCAUCAUUAACCAAAGGAUUUGUUCUCAAAAAAAAAAAAAAAAUUAAGGGGUAGGUAUAGAUUAUUAACAUGUGUAACUAAAAAUGCAAAGGUUUAUUUAUUUAUUUAUUUAAUUGAUUACGACUCUUGCAUUCUUUAUAGUUCAUAUGUCAAUACAGGCCAUA